AUGAAUGUAUAUGAUGAUGUCUUAGAUGCUACUGUUGUUUCUCAUUCUAUUUAUGGGAAUUUCACAACUAAUAAAGUUAAAGAAUUAUUAGUUGUUAGAACAAAUAUAUUAUCUGUAUUUCAUAAAGAUAUCAAUGGCAAAUUAUGGUUACAACAUGACUUUAAAUUCUCGGGGAAAAUUACAGAUAUAGUACUAAUACCACAAAGAGGUUCAGAAUUGGAUUGUUUACUAUUAGUGACGCCAAAUGCUAAAAUAUCAAUAAUUAAAUUUGAUGAAGAAUUGAAUACUUUAAAGACAAUAAGUUUACAUUAUUAUACUGAUGAAUUUGAAAAAUUAUCAAUGUUACAAUUGGCUCGUACUUCUCAAUUAAGAGUUGAACCAAAAAAAAAAUGUGUAUUAUUAUUUAAUACAGAAAGUAUUGCAAUUUUACCAUUUACACAACAAUUCAAUAUUGAUAACGAUGAAGAUGAAAUGUUAGAUGAUGAAUAUGAUUUAACUUUAGAUAAUACAAAUAUUUCAAAUGGUAAUAUAACGCAUAAUAAUACUAAUACUAAUAAUAAUAAUAAUAAUAAUAAUAACAACAAUAAUAACAAUAAUAACAAUAAUAAUAAUAAUAAUAACAAUAAUAACAAUAAUACCAAUACCUCUUCCCAGAAUUCCUCUUUAACUAAUAAAAAUUCUUCUUUAACAAUGCCUAGUUAUGUUUGUAAUGCUUCAAUGCUAUAUAAAGAUAUUCAAAAUGUAAUAGAUAUCAAUUUUUUGAAAAAUUUUUCUAAACCAACAAUUGGUAUACUUUACCAACCUAAAUUAGUCUGGGCAGGUAAUAAAAAAUUAUUUGAUUCACCAACAAAUUUCAUAAUGUUAUCACUAGAUAUCACCUUUGAAAAUAAAAUAAAUGAAUAUAACACGAAUAAUAAUAAUAUUAAUAAUAAUAAUGAUAGUGCUAAAAAUUAUCAAAAUUCUUUACAAACAAUUGUAAAUCCUACCAUCAUUGGUAGAUUAUUUGAAUUGAACUGGGAUUUGCAUACUUUAAUACCGACAUCUAAUGGUUCAUUAGCAAUUGGGACAAAUACAAUAUCAUUCAUUGAUAAUACCUGUGUACACCAAUCCACAAUUUUAAUAAAUUCAUUCUCUGAUAAUAAAUCGAAAAAGACAAGAUUAGUAGAUCGGAAAAGUUUAGAAUUACAAUUAAAUAAGCCUGUGCAAUCAUUUUGGUCCAAUAAUCUAUCAUCAUCAUAUGGUAAAGAAUUGUUACUAUUAAUGUCUCAAGAUUCCAAUUUAUACUAUAUUCAAAUAGAAACAGAAGGACGUUUAUUAAUUAAUUUUGAUAUUAUAAAUUUACCAAUUAUUAAUGAUAUAUUUAAAAAUAAUUCAAAUCCAACAUGUUUGACCUGUACAUAUAUUUCCGAUAAUUACUCUAAUUUGGAAUUAUUUAUAGGAUUUCAGUCAGGGAAUGCCUUACUAGUAAAACUAAAUAAUAUUAAUUCUUCUUUGAAUUCAAGAUCUCAGCACGUCUCUAUUUCUAACAAUAGCAAAACCCCAAAUGGGCUCACUAAUAAUGAAAAUGACUCUACAUCCAUUAAAGACAGUUCAAAACUCAAAGCAGAAGAUAAUGAUGAUGAUGAUGAUGAUGAUGAUGAUGAUGCUGAUUCUUUUAAAUAUGAUGACGACGAUGAUGAUGCUGAUGACCUUUAUUCUCACGAAACUAAAGAUACCAAUAAAACUAUAGAGAAUGAUUAUAGUAAUUCUACUUUUAAAGAAUUAACUAACGAAACAGUGACACCCUUUGAUAUUGAAUUAGUCACUUCACUAUUAAAUAUUGGUCCAGUUUCUUCAAUGUGUGUUGGAAAAGUUUCGUCAGUAAAUGAUAAUAUCAAAGGUUUAUCAAAUCCAAAUGCAAAGGAGCAUUCUAUUAUUGUUACUUCAGGCAUUAAAACAGGGUCUCAUUUAAAUGAAAUCCAACCAACUGUCCAACCGGAAGUUGAAUUAGCUUUAAAAUUUAUUAGUAUUACCCAAAUUUGGAGUUUAAAGGUUAAGAAUAAAGACAGAUUCCUAGUCACAACAGACUCUACUAAUUCGAAAAGUGAUCUAUACAGAAUUGAUAGAAAUUUUAAACUUUAUAAAGAUGGUUCGUUUAGAAGAGAUGCAACUACUGUUUACAUUUCCAUGUUUGGAGAGAAUAAAAGAAUUGUACAAAUGACUACUAAUCAUUUAUAUUUGUAUGAUAUUAACUUCCGUAGAUUAACAUCUAUUAAAUUUGAUUAUGAAGUAGUCAAUGUUGCUGUAUUAGAUCCAUAUGUAUUAAUUACAUUAUCAAGAGGUGAUAUUAAAUUAUAUGAACUAGAUAAAAAGACGAAAAAAAAAUUGUUCAAAGUUCCAUUACCAAGUAUUUUACCAGAAUUGGUUAUUACAUCUGGUGUUAUUUUACGAAGUAAUAUGUGUAAUGAAUAUUUAACUGGAAUAAAAGAUAAAGAAGAAGAAACGUUGCUAUUUACCUUUGUUACUGCUGAUAACCAAAUUAUUUUCUUUCCUAGAAAUCAUAAUGAUCAAAUAUUCCAAUUGAACGGCAUAGAUCAGUUGAAUGAUAUGCUUUUUAUUAGUACUUAUCAAAUGCCUGAAGAAACUAUUCCCGAUCCUUCGAUCAAACAAGUUAUGAUUAAUAAAUUGGGUCAUGAAAACAAAGAAGAAUAUUUAACAAUUUUAACGUUUGGUGGUGAAAUUUACCAGUAUAAAAAAUCAUCCAAACGACAUAGUAAAUUUUUCCGUAAUAUUGUUAGAAAUGAUAUGGCUAUAACUGGUGCUCCCGAUAAUGCGUAUGCAAAGGGUGUCAGUUCUAUCGAAAGAAUUAUGCAUUAUAUACCAGAGUAUAAUGGAUAUUCAGUAAUAUUUGUAACUGGUAAGUCGCCAUAUAUCAUCAUUAAGGAAGACGAUUCUUCACCAAGAAGCUUUAAGUUUGCUAAUAUCCCAUUAGUGUCUAUGAUUAGAUGGGGUAAAAACUCUGUGAUGUGUGUUGAUCCAUUAAAAAACGCAAGAGUUUACACUCUUGAUUGUAAAAAUAUUUAUUACGGUAAUAAAUUACCAAUUAAAAGAAUCGAUAUCAGUGAUGAAAUGGAUAAUUAUAUGACAUUUACUAAAAUUGCAUACCAUGAAAGUUCUAAAUUAUAUGUUGUAAGUUAUUGUAAAGAUAUUGAUUAUAAUGCAUUAGAUGAAGAAGCUGAAAGAUUAGUGGGAUAUAAUUCAGAUGUUCCUCAUGCAAAAAGCUAUAAAAGUGGUAUUCUUUUAAUUAACCCUAAAACAUGGAAUGUAAUUGAUCAAAGGGAAUUUGGGGAAAAUUCAUUGAUAAAUGACAUUAGAUCAAUGGUAAUUCAAUUAAAUUCAAGAACAAGAGCAAAACGAGAAUAUAUUGUAGCGGGUCUUGCAAAUAUUGGAAGUGAAGACCUUCCUCCAACGGGUUCAUUCUAUAUUUAUGAUAUUUCACCUGUCUUACCAGAGACAGGAAAACCUGAUACAAAUUAUAAAUUCAAAGAAAUAUUUACAGAAGAUGUAAGAGGUUUGGUGACUUCUGUCUGUGAAAUUAGUGGUAGAUUUACUAUUAAUCAAAGUCAAAAAAUUAUGGUGAGAGAUGUACAAGAGGAUAACUCUGUGGUUCCUGUGGCAUUUUUAGAUAUUCCUGUAUAUGUCACUGAUACCAAAAGUUUUGGUAAUUUCUUAUUAAUAAGCGAUUCAAUGCAAGGGUUACAAUUUGUUGGUUUUGAUGCAGAACCCUUCAGAAUGAUUUUAUUAGGUAAAAGUAUACCCGAUUUGAAGAUAUCAACAGUCGAAUUUAUUGCUAAUAAUGGUAAUAUUUAUUUCGCUGCUACAGACUAUGAUAACAUAUUACAUAUUUUUAAAUAUGCUCCUGAUGAACCAAAUUCCUUAUCAGGUCAAAAAUUAGUUCAUUGUUCAAGUUUUAAUCUACACUCAUCUACAAGUUGUAUGAUAAUGUUACCAGGAAAUGAUGAAUUUUCUGAAAAUGAGCAAGAUAAUUUUAUCCCCUCUUUCCAAACACUUGGUGGCCAAGUUGAUGGUUCUAUAUUCAAGGUGAUACCUUUAGAAGAAUCUCCGUAUAGAAGAUUGUACGUUAUCCAACAACAAAUUACUGAUUAUGAAGUUCAAGUCGGAGGUUUGAACCCCAAAAUGGAAAGACUGUCCAAUGAAUAUUAUCAAAAAAGUAACAUGUUAAAGCCAAUGUUAGAUUUUAACAUUAUUCGUAGAUUUAGCAUGCUUCCGAUUGACAAGAGACGUAGAACUGCACAAAAAGCCGGUAGAAGGGCUCAUUUUGAAAUUUGGAGAGAUCUGAUUAAUAUCGAAUUUUCUUUAAGAUGUUUAACAAAAAGUUAA